GGCCCCGGCGGAGCUGCGGGGAGCCGGGGAUCCGCGAGCCGGAGCCUCCCGGCCUGUCCGGCCUGCCCUGCCGCUGGGGCCUACGCGACCGCGGCGAGAGUGCGGGGAGGAGGCCGUGCGAUUCCCGCCCUGGGAGGCGAGGGGCGCGGGCCGGGCACCGCUGGGGGGACGGCCGAAGACUUAGGGGCCCCUUGAACGGAGGCUGCGGGCUUCGCGGGCAGCCACCAUGUUCAACCAGCAGCAGCAGCAGCAGCUCCAGCAGUUCCAGCAGCAGCAGCAGCAGCUUCAGCAGCAACAGCUUCAGCAGCAGCAGCUACAACAGCAGCAGUUGCUGCAGCUCCAGCAGCUGCUCCAGCAGUCCCCUCCGCAGGCUCCUCUGCCCAUGGCCGUCAGCCGGGGGCUCCCCCAGCAGCAACCACAGCAGCAGCUCCUGAAUCUCCAGGGCACCAGCUCCGCCUCCCUCCUCAACGGCUCUGUGCUGCAGAGAGCUUUGCUUCUGCAGCAGUUGCAAGGACUGGACCAGUUUGCAAUGCCACCAGCGACAUAUGAGAGUGCCGGUCUCACUGUGCCCACGGCAACAUUGGGUAACCUGCGCAGCUACAACCUGGCCGCCCCCAACCUGCCAGCCCCCAGCCUCACCCCCCCGCAGCUGGCUCCCCCAAAUCUGCAGCAGUUCUUUCCCCAGGCCACUCGGCAGUCCCUGCUGGGCCCUCCUCCUGUCGGGGUUCCCAUGAACCCCUCCCAGCUCAACCUUUCAGGGCGGAACCCCCAGAAACAGGCCCGGACCUCCUCCUCCACCACCCCCAAUCGCAAGACAGUUCCUGUGGAGGGCAGAUCGGACCCCCCAGAGGCUGAAGAAGCUGCAGAGCCCCGAACUGAUACACCCAAAGACCAAGAUGCUCCCUGCUGCCCUGACAGCAUCACUAAGGAGAAACGCACCCCAGCACCUGAGCCUGAGUCUCGUGAGGCAUCUGAGCCACCAGCUAAAAAGUCCAAGAGCUCAGAGGAGCCCACAGAGAAGGGUCCCCCAGGGCAACUGCAGGCAAAGGUCCAGCUACAGACCCGGAUGACACAGACCCCUGAGCUGCUGCCUGAGCCCCUGGAAGCCCGAGUGCUGCCACCAUUUCAGCCACGGGUUCUGCAAAUCCAAGCCCAGGUGCAGCCGCAGACCCAGCCACAGACGCUACCUUUGAGUGCCCAUGUGCAGCCAAAGCUGCAGAAGCAGGCCCAGACACAGACCUCUCCAGAGCACUUAAGGCCGCAGCAGGUGCAGCUGCAGCUGCAGAAGGAGGCAGAGCCACAGAAACAGGUGCAGCCGCAGGUGCAUUCACAGUCCCCAAGGCAGGCACAGCCAGAACCGCAGAAGCAGGCACAGACACAGACGUCUCCGCAGAUCCCAACAGAAGAACAGCUAAGGAUCCGGCCACUGGAGCAGCCGCCAGAGCAAGCUCUAGUGCAGUUGCCAGUGCAGCCACCAGAGCCUGCGCAGAGACCGUCUCAGACCCAGCCACAGGUAUCGGUGCCGCCAUCAGAUAAAGCACCGGUUCCGGUUCACUCCACAGUGCUGGACACACCGCCCGAGAUGGUAGAAGCUGGAGCAGGCCUGGAGGAUGCCUCACCAGAGCCAGUGGGUGCCCAGGUCAGCGUGGAGGAGAGCCAGGCGGAGUUGACCGGUGGCCUGGAUGUGGGAGAAUGUGAAAAAAGAGCAAGAGAGAUGCUGGGGGUGUGGGGUGCCGGGGGCUCCCUGAAGGUCACCAUUCUGCAGAGCAGUGAUAGCCGGGCCUUCAGCACUGUACCCCUCACCCCGGCCCGGGCCAGCGACUCCACCUCGGCCACCCCUGCCGCAGCCAGCACGCCCUCUAAGCAGGCCCUUCAGUUCUUCUGCUACAUCUGCAAAGCCAACUGCAGCAGCCAGCAGGAGUUCCAGGACCACAUGCUGGGGGCUCAGCACCAGCAGCGGCUCGGAGAGAUCCAGCACAUGAGCCAAGCCUGCCUCCUGUCCCUGCUGCCUGUGCCCCGGGACGUCCUGGAGAGAGAAGACGAAGAGCCUCCGCCGAGGCGCUGGUGCAACACCUGCCAGCUCUACUACGUGGGGGACCUGAUCCAGCACCGCAGGACACAGGACCACAAGAUCGCCAAACAGUCCCUGCGACCUUUCUGCACUGUUUGCAACCGCUACUUCAAGACCCCCCGCAAGUUUGUGGAACAUGUGAAGUCCCAGGGGCAUAAGGACAAAGCAAAGGAGCUGAAGAUGCUGGAGAAGGAGAUAGCCGGCCAAGACGAGGACCACUUCAUCACAGUGGACGCCGUGGGCUGCUUCGAGGGUGAUGAGGACGAGGAGGAGGAAGAUGAGGACGAAGACGACAUCGAGGUCGAGGAGGAAUUCUGCAAGCAGGUGAGAUCCCGAGAUAUCUCCAUAGAGGAGUGGAAAGGCUCGGAGACCUACAGUCCCAACACCGCAUAUGGUGUCGACUUCCUGGUACCCGUGAUGGGCUACAUCUGCCGCAUUUGCCACAAGUUCUACCACAGCAACUCGGGGGCCCAGCUUUCCCACUGCAAGUCCUUGGCCCACUUUGAGAACCUGCAGAAAUACAAGAAGGCCAAGAAUCCCAGCCCCACCACCAGGCCCGUGAGCCGCCGGUGUGCCAUCAAUGCCCGCAACGCCCUGACUGCUCUGUUCACCUCCAGCGGCCGCACACCCACCCAGGACACAGCCAAAACCCCCAGCAAGGUGACAGCCCAACCCCCUCAGCCCCCACUACCCCGACGCUCGAGCCGCCUCAAAACCUGAUGGAGGGGGCGCCCCACACCCACCCCGUCUGGGUCCAGAUCUGCUAAGCUUCUUAGGAAUCUGUGUGGAGACUUUGACAUGGUGUUUUACUCAAAAUCAAAUAAAAAAAGGUAGUUUGGGAGUUCCCAUCGUGGCACAGCAGAAACGAAUCCAACUAGGAACCAUGAGGUUGUGGGUUCGAUCCCUGGCCUCCCUCAGUGGGUUAAGGAUCUGGCAUUGCCAUGAGCUGUGGUGUAGGUCACAGACGCGGCUUGGAUCCCAUGUUGUUGUGGCCGUGGUGUAGGCCGGCAGCCGUAGCUCCAUUAGACCCCUAGCCUGGGAACCUCCAUAUGCCAUGGGUCCCACCCUAAAUUAAAAAAAAAAAAAGGUAGUUUUGGGGUCUAGUCCUGAGCAGGGCACGGGGGGUUGGUGCCCAGCCAGCUCCCCGCCUCUGUAGGUAGUGUGGUGGUAGAACUAGGUCAAAGACAGGCUCUGAACCAGGGACUCGGGGAUUCUAAGGUGUAACCUCUCUGAGCCUCGGUUUCCCUCUUAAUAAUGUGUCAGCUAGGAAAGUGCUACCUUCAAGUACGAUCUCAUUUAAUCUUCACCAUGACCUCAAGGUCUGUUUGUUAGCCCCAAAUUACAAAUGAACAAACGGAGCCCUAGCAAGGUCACGUGCUUGCUGAAGGUCCUACAUCUGAGGUGUGGCCAGGAUUUGAUGCCAGGCCUGAGCUCUGGGCCCCCGGGCUGGCCUCUCUGUAGCUGGACCCCACAGAAGUCAAAGUGCAGGAGUGGGGGCCCGCGCUGCUCCAAGUUCAUGGUUUACUAGCUGGAACCCCACCCUUCUUGUCAGGCGACCUUAUGAUGAAUCAUUAGCGAAUGGGGCCCAGGCUGAGCUGGCUCUAGUUCUCCUUCCCCACCAGGAAAGACCCUUGGGGACAGACCAGCAGCCCAACCCUGUUCCUGGCCAGCGGGGGAAACUGAGGCCAAGAGUGGGACGGUGCUACCCAAGGUGGCCCAGCCUAUCUUGGCGUCGGCUGUCUUAGUGAAAGGCCCUAGAACACAGAGAAGCUGAGCACAGCACAUGGGGUUGCACAGCAUUGUCCGACGCUGUCUCAGCUGGGCUGGGCAAGUAGCUGCUGGCCAGGGGCACACCAGGCGGGGAGGAAGCCCUGACCUCACCUGGACCUCCGUGUCCAGAAAUACAAGAAGGCGGAGACCCACAGCGCUACCACCAGGCCUAUGAGCCGUCAGUACAUGGUCGGUGCCUGGGGUUCCUCCACUGCCCUGUUUGCCUCUGGCAGCCCCUGGGGCCCUCAUCCCGGGAUACAGAGGAGAGAGGCACCGUGGUUUUGGAGACCCAUUUAAUGUGGACACUCAAGGCCUGGGCAGAGUGGGAAAUGUCCAGGAGUUGGGCAGGCAGGCAAGGUGGAUGGGUGCAGGCCCACCCCUGGCCCCAGGAGGGGGAGGCCGGCAGGUGGGGAGGCCGGCCCAGGCACGCCAAGGGAAGGACCAGAAGGGCGGCCUAGGCAGGCAGACCAGCGGGAGAUCUGUAGGCCGGCCUUCGAGAAGGUACCUAAGCCAGGCAGUGAGUGCUCAGCCAGAGCCUGGCUCAGGGAGGCAGGGUUGGGGCCUGGCUGGGAGCUCCCAGAGCCUAGGGGCUGGCAUCGCUGGGGGCCUCCCCGAGCUGCUGCUGGAAUUCAAGGCGCGUCUGCCGGUUGGAUUCAAGCAGCUCCUGGAGGCGGGCGUGGAGGUGGUCAUUCUUCUCCUCCAGGUGGUCCAGACAGGAGUUGAUCUGGUCCAACAUGGAGUUGAUGGCAGCAUAUUCUGGGAAGAAGGGAGAAGAGAGUCAAGGUCCCAUAUCUCCUCAGAGCUCACAGGCACCCUCCUCUCCACCACUGUCCCCCAGCCUGCCUCUCGAAGGGCUUUGGGCAAGCCCCUGUUUGUUCCUGAGCCUUGGUGUCACCAUCUGGAAAAUGGGUGGAUAUCAAAAGAGGAAAUGCUUUGGAAAAUA